UACGUAUUUAUAUCUAUGUGCCGGCUGACUUGUCAAGAUGUCGUCCCCCAGAAAGCUCGUGCUGAAGGAGCAAUGACGAUAUGUUAGAAUACUUGUAGUUUAUUUUUCAGUGUAAGAUGGCGAACAGUAAACUGAUGGUCCACCGCUUUAUAUUCUGAAAAGCUCUUGUUUCUUUUGUUACGAAGUGUUGCGCAGCUAGGCUAGGCUAGCAGUUAAAGUAAACAUGGCUACUCUCAUAACGCGGCUCUGUGAAGCAUCUCUAUUAAAACAUGUUGCAUACUUGAGACCGUGCAGAAAAAGAAUUCAAAGCUACAGCAUGUGCUACACGGUCUGUAGACAUCGCUGGACGAAAAGUCUUCCUGUUAGAACCUGCAGCGUCAGGAGGUUAAACACACAACAAGACAAGGUCGACCUGUCUAAGUUCCCUGUGGACAAAAUCAGGAAUUUCUGCAUCAUUGCUCAUGUCGAUCAUGGGAAAAGCACUUUGGCUGACAGGCUGCUGGAAAUGACAG